CAAAUUUGGACUAGUUCUUGAGCCAUCAACACCAGCUGUGUAGCAGUCGGCCUAAUGGGUUUCUUAAAGCAGCUGUCGGCGCCGUUCCCGGCGCCUUUCGCGCACGGCCUGGAGACCGCGCAGACCGCGCACCUGCAGGAUGCUACGCCCGAGGCGGUGCGCGCGCCGAGGGCGUCAGUGUCCGAGCUGCCCAAAGUGGCUGCCUUCUACCGUCAAACAAUUGCUCAAGUGCACGAAGAUCUGGAACGUUUGAAAGCUUACGGGAGGAGCGGCGCCGCUUCCGGCGUGGGACGAGAUGCAGGUCCUUGGGCCGAAGAGACCGGCUCGGUGCUGCCGUUGCAGACGAGUCGAAGAUCAAGUCCCAGCUCUCACAGUUCUUUCCUCUUCUACAGCAAAGGAGACCAGAAGGAUGCCCAGAUGGACAACUUCCUCAAGAAGGACGCCUCCCAAGCGGAGGCGGACGCAGCGGACCUCUUCGAGGACGCGGUGGCCACCACGCGGCGCGCGGCGGUGGCGCUGCAGCACGGGCGGAAGGCGGAGGUGCGCCAGAACUAUGCGCAGGUGGUGAAAGACGAAGAGGAGAUGGAGCGCUUGAUGGCUCGCGCUGCAGAAGAUGCCAAUGAGGAUGCCCUCAUGGUGACGCAGCACGAUGCGAAGGGCCACGAUAUCGAUGCCUUGCCCUACACUGAUGACGAGCCCGAGACCGCGCACGACGAGUGAUGGGAGCAUCCGGGAAAAGAAGAGAGAUCCAUGCAGUGCAGCGCGGGGCCAAGAAAGCACUACCUACAGAGGUUGCCAGUGACCUGAACUAGGACCCGUCACCAGGAGUACCCAACUAGGCUUGUCUAUAGGGUUCUGACCCACCUCUGGUGGUAUAUACCCCCCCAAAAAGCGCAGCAGUGCAGCCCUUUUGCUUCAGUUGCUUCGGA